AGGUGCCGGCCGCGUCCCCGCCCCGCGUGACGCCGGGACGGAAACGGGCGCGGCGCGGGCGGCCGGGAGACGGGCCGCCAUGGAGUUCCCGGACCUGGGGGCUCACUGCUCGUGGGCCGCCUGCCAGCGCCUGGAUUUCCUGCCCCUCAAGUGCGACGCCUGCGAGCGGAUCUUCUGCACCGACCACGUCGCGUACGCCCAGCACGAGUGCACCUCCGCCUACAAGAAGGACGUGCAGGUGCCCGUGUGCCCGCUGUGCAACACGCCGGUGCCCGUGCGGCGGGGCGAGAUGCCCGACGUGGUGGUGGGAGAGCACAUCGAUCGCGACUGCAGAUCCGACCCCGCACAGCGCCAGCGCAAGAUCUUCACCAACAAGUGCUUGAAGCCCGGCUGCAAGCAGAAGGAGAUGAUGAAAGUGAUCUGUGAGCAGUGCCACAAGAACUACUGCCUGAAGCAUCGGCACCCACUGGACCACGACUGCACUGGGGCUGGGAGGCCUCUCUCUAAAGCGGGGCAUGCUGCGCUUGCCAGGGCCCAGGCAUCCCCCCCACAAGCCAGCAACACAUCGAGUAGCGCUGCCCGGCCCGCAGGGACCCCCCCCCUAUCUUCCCCCUGCCAGAGGUGUAGGAGCAGCUGUGCCCCAGGUCCGCAGCACCUCCCCGCCAGCUUCCAUACUGCAGAACGGGCUGAGCGAGGAGGAGGCGCUGCAGCGGGCACUGGAGAUGUCCCUGGCAGAGUCGGCACAUGGCUCGGCGCAGCCACCCAGCACACAGGAGGAGGAGGACCUGGCACUGGCGCAGGCACUGUCAGCGAGCGAGGCUGAGUACCAGCAGCUGCAGAAGCAGGGACAAGGCUCAAAGCCAUCCAACUGCAGCAUGUCAUAGGCAUGUAGGGGCUGUGCCAGUAGACGUGGCAUCCUGCUCGUGGCACAAGGAGCAGCCGUGGCACCGCAUGUGGAUGCUGUGGAGUCCUGGCCUGAGUGCCACCAGGAGCCACCUGAUCUCCCCAGGGCUCUAAGCAAGCCACAGAGCGCACGCCAACGUCUCAUCCCGCAUGCAGGCGGUGCAGCAUGCUCCUGGAGAGGUGGGAGCUGCAGGGUGACUGAGCACAAGCUGAGCACAGCGACUGCAGGUUGGGCCAUCUCCUCAAGAGGAGCCCAAAGGGGCAUCUGCGGGCAGUGCCCACCAGGGGAUGGUGGUGUGCUCAGGUUGGGGUGAGGGAGUGCUUUUGUGUCAAAGUGCUGCUUGGGAGAAAAUAAAGGCAUGGCCAAGGUA